AUGAAAAUCGAUCAUUUUGAUGUUCUGCUAAGCAACCAAACCGAUAGGCCAUACAUUGGUGGAGAAACCGUUCAGGGUCAGAUUGAAAUCAGUGUAUGUAAAAAGGUUCAAAUAGCGCGAUUGAGUGUUAAGUUGCUUGGGCAGGUACAAACGAGUUGGAGAAACAAAAAUAGUGAUGUGGUUUAUGAAAGUAACGAACAGAUACUCAACGAAUGUAUCGAUUUAACUCGAAGUAAUUCGAUAUUUUUCAAGUUCGAUAGUAGUUCGAGUAAUUCAGAGCAAUCUUAUUCAUGCACAAAGCACUCUAUCUAUGGAUUAUCGCACAGUGCUGCUGGAGAUACAAUUCAUUUAAACCAAGCAGAUCCAUGGACUACUUGUUCGUGUAUCCUGCUGUCAGGAACGAUUACAGCAGUUAAUUGCUUACAGCUGCCAUUGGAUGUUGUCUCAUCAAUUGAGAAAGAGAAUCACGGUUGGGUUAGGUAUUCAUGUAUUGCGACACUUGAAAUACCGGAAGAUGGCGCUAGCGAACUGAUCGCCGAACGCAACUUUACGGUAGUGUCAAUGUUGAACCUUGAUGCGCCUUAUAUGAGACAACCGACGAGCAGUCGGGAAGAGUCUGAUGUAAUGGGGUGUUUUUGUAAGCGGAAAAUAGGAACAAUUUCUGCACAGAUGACCGUAGACGAAAUGGGCAUAUUGCCUGGUGAAACAGUGCGAAUCACAUUAACUGUAGAGAAUGAUGUGAAGAAGAAGAAAUCGAAGAAGCACAAGGACAUCUCUCAUGAGUGUGUAUUGAUAUCCCUUUGUCAGCAGCUCGACUUCAUUUCACAGAAUCGAUACGAAUUACACUUAUUCGACCGUAAAUCACUCACAAUUGCUGUGGAGUCACAUGGUACCUGCAAAGCAACUCCGGGUAGUGGACCUGAGACCAAGUACAUUGACUUCACAAUACCACGCGGUCUUCAACCGACAUCAACCAAAGCAAAUGGCCUUAUCACAAUCAGUUAUUUUUUCAAACUCGAUAUGGAUACAUUCGAUGUGAUCGUUCCAGUUAUUGUUGGCUCAAUCAAAACUCCCGGACCUAUCUGA